GUCGAUCCACUGUUGCCCAUCGUUGCCCGGGCACUUCAUCCGGAUGGUAUCGACUUCUUGGAAGAAGGGCUCGAGAUGUUAACGUACCUGACGGCCUUCUGCGCGAAGCCUAUCCCGGCACUGCUGUGGGGUCCGUUCCCCCGCCUCUUCCAAGCUGUUUGCGGCAAGUCCACGCCUUCGCUGCAGCUACCCGACGUCUUGGAGGGUGGCUGGGCGCCUGACUUCAUGACCAGCAUUUUGGAUCCAAUGCUGAACUAUGUCGCCCGGGGCCCUGUGGAGGCGAUCUUCACAGGCACAUGGGCCGAGGGCAACAUGACGUAUGCCGAUAUGGUCUUCAGCAUGGUCAGGAAGGUCCUGCAUAUGCCGGGCGUCGGCUCGGAGAAGGACGCGGCGGCUGCCACAGAGUUGGCAACGGCUCUCUUCGCACACGCGACGCCUCCAG